AAAUCUUAUUCAAUAAUGUCCAAACAUGCAUACGUGACCUUCUUGGCGGGUGCCCAAGGUGGUUACGUGAAGGGGGUUGUAGGCGUAGUGAAGGGUCUAAGGAAGGUUAAGACAGCCUAUCCGUCGUUGGUUGUGGCAGUGCUUCCUGACGUACCAGAGGAGGACCGCCGGUUGUUAAUAGCUCAAGGCUGUGUUAUUAGGGAGGUUCAACCGCUCUACCCGCCGGAGGGUGACAAGAAACAUAUGGACUUCGCUCGUGCCUAUUUUGUCAUCAACUAUGCCAAGCUCCGUGUUUGGGAGUUUGUGGAGUAUGAGAAGAUGAUAUUCAUAGAUGCAGACAUGCAAGUAAAUGAGAACAUUGACCACUUGUUUGAUCUACCAAAUGGGUAUUUCUAUUCAGUUUUGGACUGUUUUUGUGACCCUUCUUGGGGAAUGACCCCUCAAUUUAAGAUUGGUUACUGCCAGCACUCUCCGGAGAAGGUUGAGUGGCCGACCUCCGAUCUCGGACCACCUCCUCCCCUCUACUUCAACUCCGGCUUCUUCGUCUUUGAGCCCAAUGUUCUGACUUACCUUGACAUGCUUAAUACAUUCCAAGAGACUCCUCCCACUUGCUUUGCUGAGCAGGACUUCUUGAACAAAUACUUGAGGGACAAGUUCAAACCACUACCAAAAGAGUACAACAUGGUGAUGCCCAUGUUGUGGUGGCAUCCAGACAAGGUGGAGUUGAGCAAGGUGAAGGUGAUGCACUAUUGCGCGACUGGGUCGAAGCCAUGGAGGUACACUGGGAAGGAAGAGAACAUGGACAGAGAAGACGUAAAAAUGCUGGUGAAUAAGUGGUGGGAUAUGUAUAAUGACCCUUCUUUGGACUACAUCAAUUAUUCCUCGACUCAAUUUCUCACUGAACCUGUUGUUGAUUAUCCAAUAAAGACGUUUGUCUAA